GUCAUUUUAAAUGCAAUUUAAUUUUUGUCAAUAGUCUUCAAAAAUCUAUACACAAGUGUUUAGUGUUACACCCCUUUUGAAUAAAAAUAAAAAAUAAUCUUAAAGUGGCGAAGUUGUGGCUUUUCUGUAAAGCUUACUCAAUUAUACAAAAAAAUAAGACGUGAAAAUUUAUUAAAAAAGUGAGUUUUUGGGUUUCAAGCAAAACAGAAACAUAUAAAAUAUGAGCAGCCAAACUCCUCGUUACAUACUUGUGGAAGGUGCAAAUGGCAAAAAACAACUUAUAGCUUCUUCCCCUUCUCAAAUUGGAAUAAAAAAGGAAAACUCUGCAAUUCAAUCUAGAUCCGGAACAGAACCACAAUAUAUUUAUCAAACGAUACAAUCUUCAUCCCCGAUGGCUGAAACAAGCGGCUAUAAUAAAUCAUAUAUUAAAAUUGAGAAAGUGGAAAGUCCUGCAACAAAACCAUUGCCAAGGUCAGUAUCAUACAAAUAUCCAUCACAAAAAAGAAGUGUAUCGUCAACUUCAGUUGCUUCACAACACCAUAGCUAUUCAUCUCAAUCCUUGUCAUCGUCUAUUGCUUCUCAAUCAACAACAACAAUUUACAACAAAAAAUCAGAUAAAAAACGCAAUGAAAAACCUGGAAAAGGAUUGCGUCAUUUUUCGAUGCGGGUCUGUCAAAAAGUUAAAGAAAAGGGUGUGACAUCAUAUAAUGAAGUAGCUGAUGAAUUGGUAGCCGAAGAAAGUGAGGAUACUGGAAACAGUGGAAAUGGAUCAUAUGAUCAAAAAAAUAUUCGUCGUCGAGGGUAUGACGCUUUGAACGUUCUCAUGGCCAUGAACAUAAUCUCAAAGGAGAAAAAGGAAAUCAAAUGGAUUGGCUUGCCAACAUCUUCAGCUCAGGAAUGUGAAGAAAUUGAGUUGCAGAAUCAACAAGCUAGGAAAAGAAUUGAAGAAAAACAACAACAAUUACGUGAGCUCGUUUUAAAACACGUAUCCUUCAAAAGUCUCAUUGAACGAAACAAGGAUUUGGAAAAGCGUGGAAUAGUUCCAUCCGUGAGUGCUGCUGUUCAACUGCCAUUUAUUGUCAUCAACACAAAUAAAAAAACUCAUAUUAACUGCAACAUUUCGAAUGACAAACGAGAAUAUUUGCUUAAAUUCGAUGAUAAAUUUGAAGUUCAAGACGAUUUUGAAGUUCUUAAACGAAUGGGUUUAUUGCUAGGAAUGGAUAAAGGUGAAUCAACACCGGAAGAUAUUGAAAAGCUCAAAAUGAUGGUUCCGAAAUCGUACCAAAAAUAUAUUGAGAUGUAUGGGAACGGCUAUUUAAACGAAGGACAUCCUGAUGAUUUUAUCAUUGAAGAGGACUGGACAAUGAUGGAUCAAAGUCAGAGCAGCUUUUCACAAGAAUCAACUCGCUAUGAAAGCAUGGAUAAUGAAUAUGUUGAAGAAGAUACUAUAGGUUCUGAUGAUAAUAUUUAGUGGUAACGAAUAAAACUUUAACUUAGCUCUUGCAAAACAAAUUAUUAAGUAAAACAAAAGUCCUUCAAAUAUUUUGAAGCACUUUUGAUGGAGAAGUGUACGGAAAGUAAAUGAAAAUUAAAGUUAAAUAACAAUUGCACCGAGAAAAAGUACAUUUAACUAAUUUUUACUGUUCUCUCUCUUUUGAAAACUUAUCAGAAUUUGAAAAGAUAAGACAAAAAUCAAAUCUUAUAAUGUGAGAUAAGAAAAAUAACAAAUUGCAAGGAGGUAAAAGUAAUUUGAAUAAGAAACAGAUAUUUAUAGUUGGACAAAAGCUCAAUCAGUUUUAUUGAAAAUCUCGUGUAUUUACGCUUGAAAUGAAAGAAAUAACAAAAGGAGAAUACGUAGGUUAAUAAGUUGUCUAAAUAAAAUUAUAAUUGAAAGUUAAAGUGAAUACAAAAAAUAUAAGAAUUAAAAAUUGUAUCUAAAUAUCAAUUUGUUUUCCUUUUAUUUACAAAAUACUUUUUCGUGAAAUAAAAUCCUAAAAUUUUUAUCGUUUAAUUCAGUUAAUUAAAAUUUCGGAAAUAAAUUUUAUUCACUUCACUUGAUAUAUUUUUAAUUAUCUACAUCUUAAUUAUCAUUUG